AUGGCAUCUACAGGUAGAGUACGAAUUGCGGUAAAGGGUUCCACCAUUUACGACUCGUAUCCGCUCAGUCUGCGCACGUUCCUCGCGGGCCCGUCGCCAGCUUUUGCACACGCUGUUCCGCAUUCAGGCGAAGACCCAACAAUGACUAUAGACGACGAUGGCGACUUUCUUCGUACUUUACAGCAUACGUCCUCAUCUGUGAAUGAUACUAUUGACCUGAAUGACGGAGUGAUGAGAUCAACAACUACCCCUGACCCUACGGAACUUUGCAGUACAUUUGGCAAACUUCGCAAGGAAAUUUUUGAAACAAAAGAACGUUCAAAGGUUUUAAGUGCAUUACGUCAUCGUGGUAAAGCGGCAAAAGAUGCGUCCAAUAUGAAACAACGAGUACCGAUACGUCCAAUUGCUUCGUCUACAUUUACAGCUGAUGACGUACUUCGAGCUGGUACACUUACUAAACAAGGAAGUUGGCGUCGGAACUGGAAAUUGAGGUUUUUUAUCUUACGUAGUGAUUGUCCGAGUUUAUGCUACUUUCGGUCCGAAGACAAACUGGAACUAUUAGGUGAAAUUCCUAUCACAGAAGACACAAUUGUAUUGGAUCGUAGUGGGGGUGGCCACGCUCCGUUUCGAUUUCAGAUUCGAUCGGAUGCUUAUACACUUCUUCUUGAAGCAGAAAGUCGAGAAAUACAAAAACGAUGGAUUGAUUCGUGCCAAGAACUUGCAGAUGCAAUUCGAGCUUCGAAAUUUUCUGUUAAUGCGAGUUUUUCCAAUACUUUUGAUACGAAACGAUCGUCACUUGGAAGAGGAGGAACAACAGCUGGUUUCAGACCUACUGAUAUGUUGGAAACAAGUGCUUCGUCUCAGAUCUGGGACGAGACAGAAAGUAGUACAGUCAUGGACGGAACUGAGCGACGUCUUACAGGCAGUAGGGCCAGUGGUUCUACGAGAUCAACGACACGACAAGAAAAAAGGACCUGUCAACUCUAUGAUUUGUCCAUCUCGGUACUUAUGGGUCGACGUAGCAUCUUGGCUCGUUCAGUUGAACAUUUGGACAAGGACAAGGAUCGUACAAGCUGUUUUGUGGCAGUAAGUGGCUACAUUCGCAGCAGUAAGACGUUUGUGGAACUUGGAGCAACAGAUGCAGUCAAAUUAACGACAUUAGUUGCUGCUUGUGGCGCAGCUUCAGGUGCAACAGGAGAACAAAUUCCCGUGCCGUUUUCUAUCGUUAUGACUGCAGAGCUUGAACGUUACGAUCAAUUGCGGCUGACGUUGUGCAAGUCGCAAUUGACACAGAGUCCAGGGAACAGCCAAGGAACAUUUGGAAUGGGUCGUUGUUUACUGGAUGAUCAGUUGCUUGGCUCAAUUCCUUGUGCUGUACAAAUCACAGAAAGCAGUAGCAUGUCAUCGAGAGACUCCCUUGUAGCCAAUACUCCAAUCCCGCAGCAGAAAAAGCUGAACACUGGAGAGCUUACUAGGCCGCUGCCGGUGGGAACUGGAUCGCUGCCGAUUCUUGCUGCUGACAGUGGCAGCGUCCAGUUGGUGGUGCAGGCAUUUCGCUCCGUGCCGCCACAAAAUGUGCUCCCCACGACAGGGGUCGACAUGGCUAAUGCCAAGUACCUUAUUCCAUCAACACUAGCUCCUGGUCGGGAGACUACUGGCAACAUGGCAACCGGAACGCGUCUCGACUUAGCUGGUGGCACCCGUGGCAGCGACAUGCGUACAUUUAUGGAAAACGACACUUUUCUCUCGAGUAUUGGGUUGUGCACGUUGAAUGAGGCUCCUAGUGGUAACCUUCGGUUCGUGGCAGUGGACGAGAUUUUACGUGUACCGCGCAGCACAUUUGCAUUGCCUGUGGCGUAUUUGGAUUUUCUCGAGGAGCAAGCGUUAGAGCGCUUUCGGUGGAUACAGAAACGGUUGCAGUCUAAGGCUGUUCACCCGCGCGACGAUGAGCGACUUAACAUGGAGCUUGAAUUCUUGCGUAAAAAGCAGGAGGAAUAUCUUAAACAGCGCCAGUUCCUUAUUCAGCAGGAAAAGCGAUUACUGGACGAGCAAAAAGAUGGUAAAUUCUUUUUGGCGGCUAAACGCGCAGGCAUGGUCUCAGCAAACGAAAGAGAAGCAGUGGCAGCAGCAAACUCAUCUGUGGCAAUUUCAGCAUCAACGGGAGGUGGAGAGAUCAUUGAGGCGGUGGCUCCAUUCAAGCGUAGCACGUACAAAAAUUUGAAUCUUUGGCAGUUUCUGCCUACCAACAUGCAGGACCAAUUCCUCUGCACGUAUAAACCACCUACGCAGAACAAUCAAUGCCGCAGCGAAGCUAGUACACCUCUUUCGUCGCGGCCAUUUGUGUGGCAUACGAUGACUAUGGGCUGUCCGGCUGCUCACACUAAGGGUUUCGCUAAUGGCGGCUUUCCAGCUUCGGUUCCUAUCAUGACCGUGUACCCUACCGGUCCAGCAGAGGAUGAAAUCCUAGACAGCAACUAUGAAGGCGAUUUUCAGAGCCCGACAUCACCGUCCUCCAAAGGAGGAAAAGGCAAUGGGACGGCAACCCAAGCAUCACCAGGUGAUGAUUCUUUGGCUGCGUUAAAGCUACGUCUUGAGCUACAGGACCGUUUGACAGUAAUUGGUAGUCAAAUUUUGUCUGCUACAGCGGCUUGUAUCCUUGCCUCGCUGGAUCUGGCGCUCAGCGGGAGCGCUCUGCAUCAAGCACAAAUUGACCGUGCCCCAACGUUUGGUUUUCUCAUGAAUUUUGAGUCGCUGUUGAGUACACAAGGCAAAGAAUACGGUAUGCUCGAGGACUUUGCUGCUGGGGCACGAUGGUUGCGCAACGUAUUUAUCCAGUUCCGUCGGCACGUGGUGACGGGUACCUUCUUUUCAUUGAGAAAGUAUUCUCCACCGGGGUCCCACGCGAACGAUAACAACUGCUUGCUGCUGACCAUGGGUAUCGAUGAAAACCACAUGUCCGUACUGCCACAGUCUCUAGCCUCGGGCGAUGACGUUGUCCACGUGCGUUGCGUGUUGUUCUCCCAGGGAGUGAACGAGAAGCAGAGUCUUGUGCAUGCUUACAAGUCUAGCGCCGUCAAGCUCCAGGAGCGCAUCAACCAUGACAACCUGUUGGAACUGAAGCGCAUUUAUUCGUUGUAUCGACAAUUACGGUCCGACGAAACCGAGAACCGUGUGCGCGAAAGCCGUCGACUCCGAGCGAACAAUGGAAUGAAAUAUGCUGCCACCAGUGACGCCGAUGAAGCUGUUAUGGCUGUUGAUCGACACGAUCUCCAAGCUUUGGAUGAUCUGCUGGAUCAAAUUGAGCAUCACAUUUGUUCACCUACGAGCCAGUACAAGAAAAAUGUGGCACUGCUGAUGGAUUCCUCAGACUUUUGUAGAGCUCUAGGGGGUGCACGUGUUACGUGUUGCAAAAGUGGCAAGGAUCGGACAGCAAUGUCAGUGACAUUGGAACAGGCGAGAUUAUUGUGUGCAGAGCUUCAAGCGUCUCAAGGUGCUGCACUAUGUGCUAACAUGCGACUCUAUGGUGUACGUCGUCGCAACGUUUUAAUGAACACCAAAGCCGACAAGUUUGCCUUCAAUGAGAUGCAACGGAAAAUGCUGCCCGACUGUUACAAACCACCAGUGGGUACAUACAAAUCUGGCAAGACAUGA